AAAUGGGGUUUGGUGUAAAUCUGGGGGUGUAAUGUUAUCAUAUAUCACGCUACCUCGUAAAACCGACACCGAAGCCUACCGGACAACAAAUCACAUCAAAAUUAUGAGUUCUUCGUAUUAUGUGAACGCUCUUUUUAGCAAAUAUACGGCGGGGGCCGCUUCCCUCUUCCAAAAUGCAGAGCCUACGUCUUGCUCCUUUGCUACCAACUCCCAGAGAAGCGGCUAUGGACCAGGCGGUAGCGCCUUCACCUCCUCCAUGCCUGGCUUGUACAAUGUGAACAGUACCAUAUAUCAAAGCCCGUUCUCUUCCGGAUACAGCCUGGGCUCAGAUGCCUACAACCUUCAUUGUUCCUCUUUUGAUCAGAACAUUCCCGUCCUCUGCAAUGACUUAACCAAAUCCAGCUGUGAGAAAGCGGAGGAAAACAACCUGCACAGCCAGCCAGAGGGUAAUUUCCGGAUAUACCCCUGGAUGAGGUCUUCAGGUCCGGAUAGGAAGCGAGGCCGCCAGACUUACACCCGCUACCAGACGCUGGAGCUGGAGAAGGAGUUCCAUUUCAACCGCUAUCUGACCCGCCGGCGGAGGAUAGAGAUCGCCCACGCCUUGUGCCUGACCGAGAGGCAGAUCAAAAUCUGGUUUCAGAACAGACGCAUGAAAUGGAAGAAGGAGCAUAAAGAAGAAAGCGCCGGGGCCGGCGCCGCCACGGCCAACGACGGCGCAUCAGCCACGGCCUCGGUGGAGAAAGUGGAGGACGAGGAGGAAGAGGAGGAAUAAAGGCCCCGCUCUCCGCGGGCCGGGCCGGGCCGGGGCGGCGGUUCUGCAGGCACGGGACAGUUGGCAACGCUCCCUUGGGAAACAAAAAGGCCCUCGGAGAAUCCUAGUCGAAGACCCUUCUCACCGCCAUUCUAGUCGAGAGAUCUUCCGCAUCCCCAGAAUGCCCUAGAUUACCCCCUGUGUAAACUAGGAGUAACUUCUCAUUACGCAACCGAGACCCCUUUGCCUUGGGUUGUCCAGGCCUCUGUUUAAAAUAUUGCAUUGCAAAACGUGUUCAUGGUCUUUCUGACUGAAAACAAAAUUGGUUACUUGCUCAGAUGUAUGUGUGGAUGGGGCUCCCUCAAUCCACACACGCAAAAGUCAAAGCUUCCAAACAAACUACCUGACUGUAGUGGUCCUAAUCAGCCCUUAAGGGCAGGGCAUGCUUUGGGAUCAUUUGCAAACUACCUAACGUAGACUAAAGGUCUGUGUACUUCCAAUUAGUGGGGGGUGGGGGUGGGGGUUGUUUGUUGUUAAGAUAACCUUAUGAAUCGAAAGGGGGGGGGACCGAAGAAAAUAUCCUUGAAAAUCAAUGGCUGAACCACUAGACUCAACAGCAGUGAUUUGUACUACCUAUUUUCAAAACUACCUAUUAACUAGCUCCGCCUACCUAUCUUCAAAGCCCUACUGUAUUUUAUUAAUAAGGAAAGAGUCAAGAUAAUGUUACUUGCCUGCAGGAGGUGAAGCGCAGAGAAGAAGGAAUUGGGGGGAGGGGUGCGGCCUUCAUAGCUCGGACAGAGAAUUUGGAGCCGAGUAUUGCUGAGUAUAAUUUAAAAAUAAGUAAAAAUAAUAAUAUAUUUAUUCCAAGGCUGUUAUUAAGUGAUAUGCUGCAACAUAAAACUCUCGUGUCUUCUCCAGUCUGAAUUUUAAGGAAAUUCUCACCAAGAUUGUAUAAAGCGAUUUCAUCUUCUGUAUUUCAUUUUGUAUUGAGCUCUCAGCCUCCGGUUAGAUGUUUGGAUUUCCAUCAUUCGUUCUGCUUGAUACAGUUGGGGGGGGGUGGCUCUUGUGAAUCUAGGCUGCGGCCAUAUACCUGCUUCCCCAAUCCCCUUUCCCGAGUCAUCCUGAAGACCUGAAUGGCAUACAUAUGAAACGGCGUGAACAAUUAACACCUCUUGUAUAUUGAAAGGCCACUUCGGCCAUAUCUGUUGUCUUGGACUUCAUAUCACCUCAUAAGCUAGGGAAUCUGUAUUUAAUUGGGGUAACUUCGUAGCAUGAUGUCAUGUUGACAGCUCUGUAUAAAUAAAUUGCGCCUGGAAAGUUUUGGCUAUACUUUAUUCAUAAAUUGUAUGUUACAAAGUGUUUUUCGCUGUGUUCAUGUGAACAUUGAGGUAUUCCGUGUUUUUAAAAAAUUGCGGGUGGGGCGGUUUUGAAUGUGCGUAAAUUCUCUUUGGAAGUGCUUUCCUGUAUGCUCACGUUCAGUGUGUUUUAUGUUACACAGAAAUAAAAAUGCUUGUUGACAAUG